GUUACGUUAAAUUUGGUAUAUGACUGUUUCCACGGUUUUCCAUGGUUUGUCUUAAGCUAUCUGUUUCGUGUCUGUAGCAGCUAGCGAGCUAGCGACUAGCGAGAGCGCUCAUGCCUUGUACAAGCCUUUCAUUGGCCCAAGAGUGUCCUGUACGACCGGUUUCUGUUUGACAGUGUACUUCAACAGCUGAACGGUUGUGCCGCGUUCGUGCAACAGCGGCAACAUAAGCAAUAGGUUCUUUUACAUAUACUUACCUAUACCUUCUUUCAUUAUAUUGCUAUUUCUUGGCCGUGUUAUUGUUAUUAUUGACGCUGUUGUUAUCGGUCUUAGUUGUGGUCGGGCACUUGCUCCGGUUUCUUCUGUGGUGGCGAGAUAUAUAUAUCGCUGUUUACGGGUUUUCUAGUGAAAUGUGCUCGGACUGAGGACUUGUUCGCAUGAACUUUUCUUUCAAUUAUAUUGCGAUGCAGUUACUUCUCUGUUUCACCCUUCUUCAUGCUCAGAUGGAUUUUUAAACGGACGAACCGGACCUGGGGUUUUACGAAGGCUUCUGUAGCAAUGCAACAAAGAAAUCCUUCCUAAUGGCUGCUGUAAGUUAUCAGAGGAAAUUAAUGAUGCAUGCUUAGAUGCUUCAAAAUCAUAAACGGACUAGUCCACAUGUGUGUAUGACGGAGUCACACAAAACUGAAAAGAUAUGAAGUAUAGUUGAGCAACGAUGGCCGCUACAGAUGCCCAAAUAACAGUAGCAGCCGCACGAUGGGCAGACGAAGGGAGCUACUUGCACGAGUUCGUAUCGAAACAUCGGUUACCAGCGGUAGUGAAAAUAAUAAAGGGUCAGUAUGGUAGUCUCGGCGUGCCGACGUUACCCAGUCCGGGCCUGCAAUCGACCGCACUUCUCGUGUCGGCCGGUAAAAGACAAAAGAUCGUGGCGCAGGCUGUGAAAUUCAAAGAAGGGCGCAAAAUUGUUUAUAUCGGUCCGCGACUGGCCAUUCCGGACACGUACGCAGGAUUUUUCGAGAUAUUGAGCGAGGAAGGUAGGUCGGUGCGAUGUAUAGAGAGCGUUGCGGAAUUGGUGCGUCGACGACCGGAAGAAGGUUGUUUGGUGCGCGAAACGAUACGCGGCGUCCAGGCGAAAGUAGACGUCGAUGGUACUGUAACACCAGAAGGUGCUAGAACGUUACCACCGGGAGAAAUACUAGUCCCGUCGGGCGAGGUGAGCCUGACCGGUUCGAAGGGCCGCUACUUGAAGUGCCUCGAUUCUAAAGGUGAUACUAUCCUAUUGGGCUUCGAGCAGCGAGGGAAGUUCUCCGCCCUCGCUCGCGAAGACAACAUCAGCGGCGUGCAUACCGCAAAGACACUGUUAAGUAAGCGUCUUCCACUGACUGUUAGAUUAGUUCACGGUACCGCGCCGAGAGGAUUGAAAAGUUCCAGUCAUUUUGUGCCAGAAUUAAGAUUAUUGUCGACGUUCGAGGAGGAGCACGUAUUCGCAUUGCCUUUACAAAAGGAAGCGAAUACCGUGACGGCCCUACCAUUAGCUGCACCUCUUAAACUGUUGAGAACUCGUAACGACGAUCAUUUACGAAACAUGUCCGAAUUCGUCAGGCUGGUCGAAAAAUGCACAAAACUGAUGGGCGACGUGGUCGAUAGGAUACAGGUGUUGGACGGGAAAAUAGGCGAUCCGAAAAAACAUCACGCGACCAAAAACGGUUAUUUGUUGCGGAGAAGCGCUUCUUCCGACUCGGCGAACCAUCGAACGAAAUCGUCCCAUCAUCGCAAAGUCGAAAACAGAAUUCCAUUGCCCGACUAUGACGAAAUCGAUCAGAUUUACGACUACGUGCGUGGUUUCGCGCCGCUACCCAAAAGCAUACGAUCGACAUUUUCGGAACCGUCUCCAACUAUCCAUCAUACUGCUGCGCCCGCAUUUCCCGAACCGACGAAACCGGAGCCGCCGCCCAUCGAAACGAUUCCAACCAAAAAACUACAAGCCGAAAAGCGAAAUCGCAAAACUCCUUCGACGAUCCGCGAGGAACCGAAAAAAGUUUACGUACAUGCCGAAAAAACGCCCCCUGGGCUUCCGAAGCUCUAUAUCAAAAACGGAAAUUCCCAGCGAAGUCGUUUGCUAAGACAAAAGAGUUCGUCGCCCAUCAAAGAAACCCCUCCCAGUCCGUUAUCUAAGUCCGGUUCACCUUUAUUUAAUAUUCGGUACAAGUCGCUUACCAAUCUUCAACAAGCCAUGGAAUUGGACGGGACUUUGGAUUCCAGUCAUUCCGGAGGACGCACUUCCGGCGACUCCGGUGGCGGCGUAAAACAACCGGAAAAAAGGUCCAGGAAAUUGUCCCGACCUCGCAGUUUAACGAAUUUAGUAUGGGAGAUUAGAGAACAUCCCGAGAUCACUAUAAUCGAGAAAACCAAAAAGUUUGAUCAUUCUCCUGCGGCAAUUAUUCAUAAAAAGCAUUCGAAAUGCUCAGUGAGUGGCCAUAGCCAGCGGCGCGGCAUGUUGUACUUAUAAAAAUUUCUAUUAAUAACAAUAAUGAAUUUAUAUAGAUAUUAUAUAAUAAUACAUACAUAAAAUAUACAACUAAUUUUGCGUAUAAAUGUUCGUAAAAAGAUAUAUAUCGUAUCGUACAUAACAAAUAUUACGUAGUCAACUCCAGCACACACGGACAGCUAUGAUCGGUCGUGUAAUGCUUGCGCUACUGCAUGUGAUUUUUCGUUUAGUUCUUUAGGAAUCGAUUAGGCUUUUAUACUUUUUACAAGAUUGUGAUGAUUCGUAUUAAGUUUUGUAAUUUUUAUCUUUAAGUGAUAUCUUCUUAUAUUAUAGGUUUAUGAUCUCUUGUUGAUACGUGUUAAGUACAACCAGUGGCUUAGCGUGAAUCUCUGCCUCCCGGGGCGAAGCCUAAAUGUGCCGCCCUUCCUAUUUUCACUAUCAUGUACUGUAAGAUCUUUUAUUUAAUUUAGUCGCAUUUUUAGUGAAAAGAUGGACUUACAGAAAAACUUUUAUUUUUAAUUUAGUCUUUGAGGAGAUAAGUAGUGCUUAUUAUUGGCGUAAAUUGAAAAUGCAUGAACGUAUUUACAAAUAGCAUUCCUUACAAACAUAUACAAUUGACUAUUAUUGAUUGAAAUCGAAGAAUUUCAUUUUCAGUCCGUACAAUAUCAAACAAGGGUGCAAUUAGUGUACUGUGAAAUCCAUACGGCCAACUUCCCAGUUAAAGUAAUAAUUUAAUAUUUUUCACGAAAUUCUUACAUUAAGUUUUUCCUUUUUGUUUAAACAGACAAGCGAAUGCAAUGAUUUUUCUCAUACUACUCUCCAUACUUCAUCUCCAAAUUAUCUACAAUGGUAUUGUGACUUCCAAAUUACAAACUAUUGGAAAACUAGUAUUUUGACUUUUUGGAUCUAUUACAAAAAACGUAUCUGUGACUAGGAAGUUAAUAAAUUGUAGCAGUUGCUCUAUCAGGACCACCGUGCGAGUAAGGGGGGGGGGGGUAUUACGUACACAUCAAAGAAAGAUGGUGUUUGCUCUGUUUAUUUUUCAUGAUAAUGAGGACGGGAAUCUGUUUGGUGAUUACGUUAGUAAUAUUUAUCUAUUUAUUUUUCUGAUUUUUUGUAAAAUUAAAGAACCUUACUUGUCUAUGUCCGAAAGUAAAGCGCAUGUUCAGGGAUUCCCCAAAAUAAUUUUUAAUGCUCCCUCGCUCUUAUGCGUUAAAGUUUGAGAAAAUAUGCAGGUACCGAUGAUUACGUAAGUAUAAGGGGAAACCAAGACAGUACUAUCUUGCUACAUGGUACAAAUCGUUAAACAAUUGGUACAAAUUCCAAGAAAUUGCUACAUCUGACAUUACUG